AUGGUAACUGUGAGAAUUGUGUUAAAACUUGCUGUGAAUAGUUGUUGGCCAUUAUAUGAACUUGAUAUAAACAAUGCUUUUCUAUAUGGUUCAUUGUCUGAACAAGUCUCUAUGUCUUUGCCACAAGGGUAUUACAAUAAUGACAAGAAUAAGGUAUGUAAACUUGUUAAGUCCCUUUAUGGUCUUAAACAAGCUCCUAGAAAGUGGAAUGAAAAGUUAACCUCUAUGAUAAUCAAUAUGGGUUUUGUUCAAAGUUUGUGUGAUCAUUCUUUGUUUAUUUUGAAUAAAAAUGAUGUGUUGAUAGUUUUGUUGGUUUAUGUUGAUGACAUAGUAGUUACAGGAAAUAGUCAUUCUGAAAUUACUAAUGUUAAAAAGUGUUUAAGUGAUAAUUUUCAAAUAAAAGAUUUAGGUUUGCUUAAAUACUUUCUUGGUAUUGAAGUUCUAUAUUCUGAUGGGUCUAUUUGUUUGUCCCAAAGAAAGUAUUGUCUUGAGCUUCUAAACGAGUUUGGAUAUUUAGGAUGUAAGCCUGUUGGAACACCCAUUGAACAGUCACAUAUUGUUACUGCUAAAACUGAUAAAGAUAAAAAAAUUUUGGAAAAUGUGACUGGGUUUCAAAAGUUAAUUGGCAAGUUAAUAUACUUGUCUUUAACACCACCAGAUAUAAGUUAUACAGUUCAAUAUUUGAGCCAAUACAUGCAUAAACCAUGUCAAUCGCACUUAGAUAUUACUUUAAGGUUAUUGAGAUACUUAAAGAAAUGUCCGGGUAAGGGUGUUAUGUUUAGGAAAACAGGUAGUUUUGAACUUUCAGGUUAUGUUGAUUCAGAUUGGGCAAAGUGUACCAAGACUAGAAAGUCUGUUACUGGAUUUGGAGUGUUUCUUGGAGAUACUCUUAUAUCCUGGAAAAGCAAGAAACAAGGAGUUGUUUCUAGAUCCACUGCUGAGGCUGAGUACAUGGCAAUGUGCUCAGCCACAUGUGAGGUAAUGUGGAUAAAGAAUGUUUUGCAAGAGUUGAAAGUGAGUUUUGUUUGGGUGACAGAUGUUGUUAGUGGUGGAGGUGUAAGUGAUUUUGUGGGAACAGAAGUUGUGGUUGAAAUAAACUAUCUUUUUCUCAACCAAAGCUCUGCUCUUAUCCCUUACCCUUUUAAUAUCAGCAGUAGUUUUGAGACCAGCUGA